ACAUUGGUAUCUGUAAUGAAGAUCGUGAUGGAGGAGAAGAUACAGCAGGGCCUUCUUGUGCUACUGGAUCUGGAGUAGAGAUUUUUUUAAAAAAGAAAGUUAAAGUUAUUCACUUUUGUUUUAGUGCUCCGAUUUCAUAGUAUUUAUUUAUUUAUUUAUUUUUGGUACUAGGGACUGAAUAUAGGAAUUUAUAAAUGUUAGAUAAACACUCUGUCACUGAACUAUAUCACCAUAUUCUUUUCUCUGAGUAGACUCAGAGAGUAGAAAUUACAAUUCAGUGCUAACACAAAAGAUACACUAGUAUCCAUUGUGGUAUUUCCCCUAUUUUUGUAUCUGAAAAAGAGUAGCUAGGCAAGAGCCACAGGCCUUCAUAAUGAAAUACACCAUAUGCAAUUUUAUAAUGUCAGUUUUGGGCAUUAUAAUCUAUGUAACUGAUUUAGUUGCGGACAUUGUCCUAACUGUUAGGUACUUCCACGACGGACAAUAUGUUUUUGGUGUUUUAACCUUGAGCUUUGUACUUUGUGGAACACUCAUAGUCCAUUGUUUUAGCUACUCAUGGUUGAAGGACGACUUAAAGAAAGCAGGAGGAGAAAAUGAACAUUAUUUUCUUCUGCUUCAUUGCUUGCAAGGAGGAGUUUUCACAAGGUAUUGGUUUGCCCUGAGAACAGGUUACCAUGUGGUUUUCAAACACAGCCACAGGACAAGUAAUUUUAUGGAGGAACAAACAGAUCCUCACAAAGAAGCAAUAGACAUGGCCACCGACUUGAGCAUGCUCAGACUGUUUGAGACCUACCUGGAAGGCUGCCCACAACUCAUCCUUCAGCUCUAUGCCUUUCUGGAGCGUGGCCAGGCAAAUUUUAGUCAAUACAUGGUCAUCAUGGUUUCCUGCUGUGCUAUUUCUUGGUCAACUGUCGACUAUCAAAUAGCUUUAAGAAAAUCAUUGCCUGAUAAAAAUCUCCUCAGAGGAUUCUGGCCCAAGCUCACGUAUCUCUUCUACAAGUUGUUUACCUUGUUAUCCUGGAUGCUGAGUGUUGUACUUCUGCUCUUUGUGGAUGUGAGGACUGUUCUGCUUCUGCUCUUAUUUCUGUGGACUGUAGGCUUCAUAUGGGCAUUUAUAAAUCACACUCAGUUUUGCAAUUCUCUAGGUAUGGAGUUCUUAUAUAGGCUGGUGGUUGGAUUUAUCCUUGUGUUCACGUUUUUUAAUAUCAAGGGGCAGAAUACCAAAUGUCCAAUGUCUUGCUAUUACACUGUAAGGGUGCUAGGCACCCUGGGGAUCUUGACUGUGUUCUGGAUUUACCCUCUCUCUAUCUUUAACUCUGACUAUUUUAUCCCUAUCAGUGCCACCAUCGUUCUCUCUCUUCUAUUUGGGAUUAUUUUUCUUGGUGUGUAUUAUGGAAUUUAUCACCCAAAUAUAAAUGCAGGGACACAACACGACGAACCUGAUGGAAAAGCACCUCAGAGAGAUUGUAGAAUAAGAUAUUUUCUAAUGGACUAAGUUGUGAAUUUAUGAGAAAUGUCUUAUUUUUUGUUCAUUGCCUAGUAAAGAAAAUGUCUGUCAUA